AUGUGUUCUUCAGAUCAUCUUUGGGAUUCAAAGAUAUCGGCGUGCAAAGAAUGUGAUGCUGGAUUUUAUGGAAUCAAUUGUUCAAAGCCGUGUCGGUAUCCAAAUUAUGGCCAUGAGUGUCAAACCAAGUGCAAUUGCUCUGCAAGAGCCUGCGACCAUAAGAUUGGAUGUCCCAUAGAAAUCUUAAAUGCAAUAACGGAAUCUUCAAAAGGAGAUGACAAAAAAAGACAACCAUCUGAAAAUAACACCAUUGUAAUUGUGGCAACGCUGACAACAGGGUUUUUGCUCGUCAUUGUCUCAAUCAUAGUUGUUACUAAGCUCCUUAAAAGACACUUUUCCAGAAGAAUCUUAACAACUGAAAGAAAUAUUGACUCCUUCGUGGUUGAAUGCAUCAUGCGUGAGGACAGGGCUUCAUCGCGUGAGAGUGCAGUUAAUUAUGCACCACGUGUUUGCUAUGAAACCCUAUACUCAGAUAUAUAACUUUUUUCAUUAACUCGCUUAAAUAUUUCAAAUGAUUGUAUAUAUUGUCAAUGUGUAGAUAUCAGAUGUGCCAGUUGAUUUAAAAUAUUGCUUUCAAAUCUUAUUUUUGUAUCAAACACCGAAUGACAAUUCUUUAACGCGGAAUUCUGAAAGUACCAUAUGAAUGCAAUUUAAAGACGAUGACGGAUAGACCUAACAUGUAUCGGAUAGCGUGUUUUGAAGUCAUUUUACGUACAUAUUCAAUCAUCUAACAAACAUACUGUUAAAUCAUUUAAAUUCAUGGUAGCUAAUUUUUGUGGAUUGUGUGAUUUUUGCUUAUUGGUGGGGAUGUAAUUUCGUGGUUUCGUCGAUUUUUAGUUUCAGAAAGAAAACUCUUUCCAAAUUUGUUUUCGCCGAGGAUCUAAAUUUGUCGGGAAGGGAGG